CUCGAACAUAAAAUGGGCUUUCGAGCCUCGAGGUAUAGAAGGCAAAAGAAGGAACACCGGAGAAUUUUGCUCUUCCUGAUUGAACGAAAACGCUCCGUUUGCUGUCUCAGUUCUCCGAUUCUCAGGAAAUAGAAGAUGAGAGGUAGAAGUUACAGUUACAGUCCAUCACCACCAAGAAGUUAUGGCAGGAGAUAUCGUAGUCCUAGUCCAAGGGGUCAUGGAAGUCGUAGAAGGGAUCUGCCAACGAGUCUUUUGGUUAGGAACUUAAGGCACGACUGCAGGCCAGAGGACCUACGUGGAUUAUUUGGGCGGUUUGGUCCUCUUAAGGACAUUUACUUGCCACGAGAUUAUUAUUCUGGAGAACCACGUGGUUUUGGAUUUGUUCAAUUCGUUGAUGCUGCUGAUGCUGCUGAUGCCAAGUAUGAAUUGGAUGGCCAAGUUCUCCUGGGUCGUGAAAUAACUGUCGUGUUUGCUGAGGAGAACAGGAAGAGACCUGAAGAGAUGAGAGCACGAGACUCAUCGAGGGGUCGGUCCUACAGUUACAGCCACAGGCACUCCCCAUUGCGAUAUUCACAAUCCCCGCACUACGAUCGAAAAUAUUCACGUAGUCCAGAGUAUUAUUCCCCUGCUCGGUCCAGACAAUACUCAAGGUCAAUCUCGCCAAGGGGCCGGAGGUACAGGGAGCAAUCCUACUCGAGGUCACCAUAUAAUUCAAGGGGCCGCAGUUAUAGCUGAAGCAGGAGUCGUAGCUAUAGCCGAAGUUAUUCUAGGUGAGUAAAAAUACUUGAAGUUUUAUUCUAGGUGAGUAAAAAUACUUGAAGUUUUAAGAAGCCAGCCGAGUUUUCUGAAGACGCAGAAACUACGAUGUUAGAGAUAUUUGGAAUUUGGAUUUCGGAGGCUUGUAUAUGAGUUAGAAAAUACUUGGCUUAGAGCCAACUGAUUUUAUGCUCUUAUUGAACAAAUUUAUGAACUUUGUGGUUGUUCUCUCCAUGUAGUUAGAAACUUUGGAUUUUUAGACUUCAUCUAAAAGAUACUCCAAACAUUUCUAUCCAAA